UUCUGCUGACGCCUGUUUUCUCUUAACUCCUUUUACAGGCGCAGGGAAAAGCAUCAGCACCCCUCAGGACUUGUUCCGAAGCUCAGACACUCCUGAUGCACCCAGGAAGUUGGCUGGCAGCACCCAUUCUCUGGCCAGUGGCACCACUGGACCCAGUCAAGGUGGAGUGCAGCCUCUCAGUCAGAGGAAGAGACUGCUCAGGGCGCCCACGCUGGCUGAGCUGGACAGCUCCGAAUCUGAUGAGGAGCCCACGCGAAGCAGCUCCAGCAUGUCCACAUCUUUGUUGGAGGACACGUCACCUGAGUCCAUCAUAGGGAAGAAGGCUCCUCCAAAGUUCCUUCCUGUUUCUGCCACCCCGCAGCCAGACAAGCGUCAGUCUCCACAGAGGCGGCACUCUAUCGAAAAGGAGGCCCCCACCUGUGUCCGUCCCUUUGUCCCUCCAUCCAGACAGACCUCCAAGUCUUUGCUGAUGGCGGAUCCCAGCGCCAAGGUGGAAGCAGCCAGUGGUGCUCAGGGCACGGAGGAGUUCUGCUACCCGGUGGAGUGUCUGGCUCUGACGGUGGAGGAGGUGAUGCACAUCAGACAGGUUCUGGUCAAGGCCGAGCUGGAGAAGUUUCAGCAGUACAAAGACAUCUACAACGCCCUCAAGAAAGGAAAGCUUUGCUUUUCGUGUCGGACCAAGAGGUUCUCCCUCUUUACCUGGUCCUACACCUGCCAGUUCUGCAAAAGGCCUGUGUGUUCCCAGUGCUCUAAAAAGAUGCGGCUGCCGUCUAAACCUUACUCCACCUUGCCCAUCUAUUCUCUGGGCCCCAGUGCAAUGGCUAAAGAAGAGGCAAGUGGAGCGUCCGCCCCUGCAGAGCCUGAAAAGAACCCGUUUGGGUCUGGACACAGCCGUCACAGCCUACGUCGAAGCGUUUAUAAGUUUUCCAAGCAUGGCAGCAGUAGCAGCAAAGAUGGCCGGUCACAGGACGAGCCAGAGCUCCCCAAGGAGCUGACGGAGGACUGGGUCACCAUGGAGGUGUGUGUAGACUGCAAAAAGUUCAUCACGGAGAUCAUCUCCUCCAGCAAGCGCAGCCUGUGCGUGGCUACCAAGCGUGCCCGCCUCAAUCGCAAAACCCAAUCCUUCUACAUGUCGUCUUCUAACUCGGUCAACUUCCGGCCCUCAGAGCGCACCAUCAAUGAGGUGUAGAAAGUAGGACCGCCCUGUGCACUUUUGUUCGAGCUGAGUUUAUUUGAUUAAAUGGAUUUAAAAAAAUCCCUUCUUAGUCUGAUUUUGACCUGGACUGGUUCACUGCUGUUGAUGUAAAUGGUUAUUUUCAAAAAAAAAUCAGAAGUGACCAUGAAGCCAGCCCAUCCCUACCCCAAAGGUAGUUAAGGUUCUUACACCUUACCCUCCCCUCUCAGGAAACAUUGACGCACUAUGAUUGGUUGUGACUAGUCAGGGCUCUGCAGUAGCUGCCUGAUAACAAAAGAGAGCCAUGCUUGUAUCAGUGGCAGUGAUUGUUGGUUGAUAAAUGGACACAUCGAGCUGCUGAUGUGAACCUGGUAAGAGAAUGUAUAUUUGACAUAAUAGCGGGAUCAGAUAAUACAGAAAGCCAAAAGUUCCAGUGAAUUUGUGUAAAUAGUAUCAAGGCCCAAACCCUAAUCUUAGCUACCGAUAAAUUUUCCAGUUCCUGUUUACUAUGCGCACUCAGGAAGAACAACCGAUUGUCUUUUUGACAGAAAUGCACUGUAGAUCCUCCUGUCAGGUCUGCUGGGUUAGAUCUCAGCCACUCCCCUGCCCUUACUUUAUUCUUCCAGCAACAAUUAUGCCAAAUGUUACACCAUUCUUUCUUCUUCUUUUUUUUUAGCCAGUUUAAAUGCAUAUUUACUAUUAUCACAUAACACUUUAUUUUUCUGGGUGGGGUUUAACUUUUAGUUAUUAUGUAUAUUCAAUUCUGUGCCUGGUGCCAAAAUGUUUUUUUUUCUUUUUCUUUAAAUGCCUUUAUAGUUGCGGACCUAUUGUACAUAUGUGUGAUAAACUAAAUGGGGGACAUUUUAGGGUAAUCCAAGAUUUGGUUUCUUGCCCUUCCAUGUUCCAAGCUGGGCAAUAGAAGCACAGAAAUGUGGGUAAUGAAUGUGUACAUGCUGUAUAUCCUAAUUGUUCCAAAUUUAAAUUUAAUAUAAAAAAACUUAACGAAGUAGAAGUAUAAUUUUACCAUGUUUUAUGAUUUCUGCCUCUAGAGUUUCUUUAUUUGAAAUUCUUCUAUGAGACCUUUAUUAUUAGUGUUAUUAUGUUUGUGUCAAUAGUAAGAUUUUAUUUCUAUUGUAUAGUUUAUAAACUCCUCAGUGUUAAGAUAUUCCUCUAAAUUGCAAAUAGCACUUUCAUUGGACCAAUUUAUUGUUUAUGUUGGGUUUUUGUCUUAAUUAAUAAUAAUUAUUAAAAUCUUAGUUUAUCACCUCUUGGGGGGGUCCAUAGUGCCAUUACCCAGGGUUCCUCAUGAAUGAAAAUGUGUAUGAAUGGUUGCUGGUUGUUUGUAAGGAAGAAUAAUGGCUAAAACAAAACACUCCCCUGAAUUGAAUGUAGGCAUUUUUUUAAGUGUGUAACUGUCAUUGAAUAUGCUUUAUGAACAUAUUAUCCCUUUCAACACUCAUAUACACAUAUACAUACAAACAUCUUAUGUUCAUACAGUGUGUUUUGUGACAGAUAUUACCAAAUGAACACAAAGCCUAACCAGCCAUGCUCCAACAACAUCUGACCAGAUUUAUUUUAGACCUCUGUAAGGAAUGUGUGCAUGCUGUACUGUGAUCUAUUUGUUUUUAUCAAAGAAAUUAUAAUAAAAUCAUCAUGAUUCUUACGUUUGACUCGGUUACCCUGAUACAGAAUGUCAGGCUUAGUGUUAAAUCUAGUUUUUCAAACAUGCAGAGUUACAUUAGUCAGCAGAGGGCGAUAAAAGGAAAUCUCUCUGUUGUCUUUACAUCAUCAUCCUGUUGUCUUAGCGACAUCAUGUGGUGGAAGAUAUGUAUUGCAGGUGUUUAGAAGUUAAAUCUCUUGAUAUGUUUGAUCAUAACAAAGUGUUGCCAUACAAACACUGUUUGCAAUUAACCAGCUUCAGUAGUUAUCAGUUUAGCAAUGGUGACAGUACAUUUAACGGGCUACCCAGAGACCUUUACUAGCUCCAUAAACCGAAAAUUAUUACCUCCGUUUUUCUUCUUUCACUUGGUUUCCUGAUUUUUAUGUAGUUCUACUCUGGUAUUAAAAAUAAAUUAAAGACACCAUACCCAAUCUUAAAAUUGAUUCUGUUACUUAUUUUCACUAAAACACUACUGUGUGUUUUAAUGACUUUGUAGCUUUAAGAAUAAAGUGCAUUUUAAGAGAUUUGACAGUUUUAGAUUACAUUGUUUCUAAAGGUGUUUAGCAUUAAUGCUAAAAAAAAAAAAAGUGUCAGGCAAAUACAUAAAGUGAGACUGGCAAUCUACUCAACUGAUCUUGUGUAAAAUAGACCACACAGUUAACAGAGUUUCCGUCUUUUCUAAAUCAUCCCUGGCUGUUUGGGUGUGAACCCUCUUCAAGCCUCAUCCAUCACAUUAACACUGGGGGAUGAAGUUACAGACUGGUAAAAGGCCUUCUCACAUGACACAGCAGGGAAAUCCUUCAGUUAGCAUUCAGAACUGCUCCAAGCUGAAAGCAGGUGUUGUUGGUUGUUAAGCUGGUUGUUAUGUGUCUCUCAAACCAAUAAAUAAAUAAAUAAUGUCUGAUAUUAAUGAAAUGCAAUUCUACAAUUGGGAACUUA